AUGACCGAAUACUUGGACACUUUGAUCUUCUUGGGUCAUUUGUUCUCCGGGUUAAUUAUGUGUCAAACAAUAAUGGCUGCAUCGAACAACAUGCAAUUUAUGAAAAGUUAUCCGGUACUGACAAUCAAUUAUACGGUUCUUGCGCUCUUUAUGAUGUAUUUUGGAGUUAUGGCUCAAUCGGUAAUAUUUUUAGGGUGAAUCGUAGAACAGGAAUAGAAGUCGGCAUUUAUUUUAUUUGGGGACCUAAAUUUUUGGGAGAUUUUUUAAUCAUCUUAUUUCGAAACUAUUUUUCCAUGUUCCAAAUUUUACCUAAAUGUCUUUAAGACCCUUCACAUCCACAAAACUUCAUUGGUUGUUUUCAACGUAAAUCCAUCGUCUCACCUUGGAUUCACCCGAUUUUAUCAAUGUUUGUUUAUUGGAAGUGUCUUUGCCCUUAUUAGAGUUCAAGUUCUUGAUGUUUUGUUUCGUAAAAGACAUCUUGUCAAAGUUGAUUUGUUCCUUCACGUCGUCGAUGUUUAUUACAAAUUCAAGGCUCGUUAUUGGGCUGCUAUUUUCUAUGGAUUCUUAAUCGCAAUGAUUUUCUGGUUCGCUUUGGCUCAAAAUGUUCCAACUGAACACAUUGAUAUAAUAAGAGAGGGUUUUGGAAUUGAAUUGAAUGAAACAGCCCAUCUCAGUCUCUCUCUUUAUGUAAGUUUAGAAGAGAAAACAAUAAACAUCAGAAUAUUAUAGAACUGCUCAUCUGAGAAUCUUCUCCCAAUACUCGAUUCAGAAUGUUCUUUCAAUUGGUUUUCCCAUGUUUUUCUGCUUUUCAUUGUUUCAAUCACUGUAUACAAUGAUUUGAAAAUUCGAAUUUAUCUCCACGGUUUUUCAACACUUCUUCGAAGCAAUUCUGACAGAUUUUCAGUGAUUCAUCAACAUACAUUAGCUCAAUGGAAAACAACUCUUGAAAUUCAGGUUACCAAAAAAAUUGAUAUCCCAUUUUUAAUUUUCAAUUUUUCUAGACUUUUUCCAUGUUCGCUUUCAUCAAUAUCCCGAUUUAUUUAACAAUUUUAUCAUUGCUCUUCAAUUUACAAAACAAUGUCACAAUUUCAUAUAUUUUGUGGCUUUGGUCUUUCUAUCCAACUGUUUACAAUAUAAUUGGCCUGAUUUUCAUGAUUCCAAAUCGACAAUUUAUCAAGAAACAAUUUUGCAGUUUGAGAUGGGGGUUGAGACAAGGUUGAUAACUUUCAAGAUUUCAAAACAAAAUCUGAAAUUUUCAGCAUUCUACGUGAUCAAAGAUAUAUUCUCACCACCACCAAAAGCACCAAACACUGGAGUUUUCGAGUUGGACGACAUUGAAUAUCUUUACGAUUCUGAUUAA